GCUGCCGGCCGGGGCCGCUCGCCGCACUCUGCGCUGGAGCCGGGAGCCCGCGGCCGCCGCCAUGUCCCACCAGACCGGCAUCCAAGCAAGUGAAGAUGUUAAAGAUGUCUUUGCCAAAGCAAGAAAUGGAAAAUACAGACUUCUGAAGAUAUCUAUUGAAAAUGAGAAACUUGUGAUUGGAUCUUGUAGUCAGCCUUCAGAUUCCUGGGAUAAGGAUUAUGAUUCCUUUAUUUUACCCUUGUUGGAGGACAAACAACCAUGCUAUAUAUUAUUCAGAUUAGAUUCUCAGAAUGCCCAGGGAUAUGAAUGGAUAUUUAUUGCAUGGUCUCCAGAUCAUUCUCAUGUUCGUCAAAAAAUGUUGUAUGCAGCAACAAGAGCAACUUUGAAAAAGGAGUUUGGAGGUGGCCACAUUAAAGAUGAAGUGUUUGGCACAGUAAAGGAAGAUGUUUCAUUACAUGGAUAUAAAAAAUAUUUGCUGUCACAGUCUUCCCCUGCCCCGUUGACUGCAGCUGAGGAAGAAUUACGACAGAUUAAAAUUAAUGAGGUGCAGACAGACGUGAGUGUGGACACUAAGCAUCAAACACUACAAGGAGUGGCAUUUCCUAUUUCUCGAGAAGCUUUCCAGGCUUUGGAAAAAUUGAAUAACAAACAGCUCAACUAUGUGCAAUUGGAAAUAGAUAUAAAAAAUGAAAUUAUAAUUUUGGCUAACACAGCAAACACAGAACUAAAAGAUUUGCCAAAGAGGAUUCCCAAGGAUUCAGCACGAUACCAUUUCUUCCUGUAUAAACAUUCCCAUGAAGGAGACUAUUUGGAGUCCAUAGUUUUUAUCUACUCAAUGCCUGGCUAUACCUGCAGUAUAAGAGAACGGAUGCUCUAUUCCAGCUGCAAAAGCCCUCUGCUGGAAAUUGUAGAAAGACAACUCCAGAUGGAUGUAAUUAGAAAGAUAGAGAUAGACAAUGGGGAUGAGCUGACUGCAGACUUCCUUUAUGAAGAAGUACACCCCAAGCAGCAUGCACAUAAGCAGAGUUUUGCAAAACCCAAAGGUCCUGCAGGAAAAAGAGGAAUUAGAAGACUAAUCAGAGGUCCAGCUGAAACUGAAGCCACUACUGAUUAAAAACACUGUUAUUAAGUACUAUAAUACUAGUUUUAUAAAACUCCAGCUUUUAGUACAGGAUAACUGAAAUCAUUCCAUAUUGAUAUAUAGUAGGGGAAAAUGUACUUUUUGAAAAAUAGCACUUUUCACUUCUGUGUGUUUUUAAAAUUAAUGUUAUAAGAAAACUCAUGAUUUCUAUUUUUGAGUUAAAGUGAAAAAGGUUUGACAUAGUAAUAUUUAGUUUUGUCACACUGUUUUCAUAGUGAUAAUUUCACAUAACUGAAAUUUUAUACAGUUGGGCCAAUUAUAGAAAGUCUAAUGUCUCAAAGUAAGAUACACUGUUUGAUGAAACAUCGAUUUUUUUUUUUUCAUUAAGGGAAUGGGAAUGACUAAAAUACUCAUACACAUAAUGAUUAUGUUAAUGGCCAGGUUAUAUUAUUUUCUAAGCUGGACGCUUAGUGUGCCUAGGAGAAGGUGGAAAGCCGCUUACUCUAAGAACAGUGCUAACUUUCAGAUGAGGGAUCAUGUCUGCAGCUUUUAGGAACAAUGCUUUAAUGCAGCAGUCUUUUCUAUUUGAUUUUUUUGUUUUUUAAAUGGCAUUAAAAUUUCAGAAGAUCAGCUCACUCUGAAACCUUCAAGGGUACAGAUAUUUUCUAUAACGCAGGAUUUCUGAUGACAUUGAAAGAAUGUUGAGACAGCUUUGGUAAAUUCUGUUUUAGUGCUUAAAAAUUUCUAUUUCAAAAGUAAGUCAUUUCAUUAGAAGUAUCAUAAGGACAAAUAUUUAUGUAUGAGUUGAAAAUUAAAUUAAUACCCAACACUACCACUAAAGUCAAUAAUGUGAGCAGGUUUUAAACAUGCUACUUCUUUUCCACCUGUGUAUAUUGCAUAAGGUGUAUUGUGUUCUUUGACCAUUUUUGAGCAAAUAUUCAGAUUUAAUAAUUCUUAUUGAAGUCCUGGUACUUACCACCCUAACACAGAUGUACACUUCAGAAGCUUGUUUCAGUUUAUACUUUAUCUUAAAACAUCUGUUUUCUAAAGCUUUGCAUUUUCAGUUACAGUCUACAGAGAUUUUGAGCCUCAUUUUUCGUUGAUACUUGAAGUAGAGGGAGCUAGAACACUUCAUAUUUUAACCUGCUGCAGGAGCCAUAACUUAAGGAGUUUUCUAAAUGAACUGUGGAGAUCCAAGGUUUAGAAUUUCUUCACCUAAACUUUAUGCUGCAUAAAACAGAUAAUAGAAAUGGACAUUUCAUA